AUGAGUGCCUCCCGACUGAGAAACACGCUUUCUGCGCUGCACAGAAACAAGGAAACCUGGCCUAACCCAGAGCUCUCCAUCGGUACAUUUUGCGGCACGACCAAGGACAAGGUCAACUACUGGGAGGCGCAAGGACCUGCCCGAGAAGCCUUUGUCAACAUCAGCACGAGCAUCCAAGAGACCCUGAAUGACGAAUGUCUACGCGUACCUUCCUCGAGUACCCUUGUUUACGACGUCUAUAUGAUUGGCAAAACUCCCGGCAAGGCGGUGCCUCACAUCAUGUUCUCCUGCAAGGCCUCUGAGUCUCGGAAAAAGGCUGUCGCGUUAGUACGCAAGUCUGACAUCCUUGACCAUUAUCCUGGGAUGGAACUCGGUCACUGGGAGUCCCCUCCUCACUUAUUGAGUGUUUGA